AUGGAAAUUCAACUUCACAUUGAGGAGCACUGGGUUAUUGGGGGUCCUGAGUACAUUCAGUUCAAAGAAGAAGCAAUAUUGGGCAAGUAUCGCACAGCGUUAAAUGAACUGGAGCGCCUUGUAGCCAUGAGGCUUUUUGAGCUCUCAAAGCUUUCUUUGUUGGGCACAGGAUAUAAACUACGUCAGCAAAUCAGAAAGGCACUACAGCACCGUUUGGAGGCAAUUCACAAUGCGAUCAACUGGUACAAUACCCAGGCUGCUGCACUUAACCUGCCAUGUCCAAAAUUGUCCUGGAAGAACAUUGCAGAGUACAGCUUCUUGGGAGAAUUCAACUUAUUGUGUCACUCACGUACUGACAUCUGCAAACUCGACUGGACGAAACCUGCUCACUGUGAGGCCACCACAAAAUAUUUCAAAUUGUUGCGUGCGUGA